GUAACAUAAUAUUUUAAGAACGCCGACGUGCAAUCUCAUAUAUAAACCUUGGCGACUGUUGCAACACUCUCAGUACGACUCUAGUCGCUUUGCCGCUUGGAACAGGCGCGUACGACGACGCCGGCCACACGGAGAGGGCGAGAGAGGUACCUCUAACUGAUAAACAGACUCUUCGGAUAAACAUGUGGACCGAGUGAUAGUGAUCAGUGACGUAACAGUGUACAUCCUAUCACAGAACACAGUUGAUUCAAGCGGAGGUGCUAAACGUAAACAAUGGAUACCAAAAGUUCGAUCUCAUCGCAAGAGUGGCAUAUACCGAGGCCUUCGCUUUCUGGCAGCAGUACGAGCGGCAGUAUCAGCGAUACCCGCUCCAGAGGAGGCUCUGCAUCGAGUCAAGGCUCGUCUAGCAAUCACAGCACGCAUAGUGUAUCGUCAGGCUCAUUGCUACUGAGUGCUGCGCAUCUAGCGCGCUAUGCCAAAAGUCCUGUUCCCGAAGAACCAGGUGGCGGCUAUCAGAAUAAAAUAGCAAGUAAUACAAGAAAACCUUUCUCGGAAUCUGUAGUGGCGAUACCCGAGGAAUCUCGAGAUCCGGCGGAUUCUUUUUGGAACGGUGUGAAGCGAGGGUCAGCUCAAGGACAAGAUGCGGCGUCAGUUGCUAGCUCCACUCAUUUCACUGUAGUAAAUGGGUUCACGAAGCAACGCCCCGGUAAAGAGCCCAAGGCUUGCUGCUGUGACCAUUCGCAUCAAAUCACCGUCCUCGUCAUUUCGAUGACGAUCCUGUUCUCAGCUUGUAUUCUCGCGGCCAUUUGUUUUGUUGAAAUGCGAAUGCGCAGGGAGACGGGAAUCUACAAAUAUUCUUAGAACGAUUUCCGUAUAAAUAGUUACGUUUAUUAAAAUAAUGUAUGUUUAUUCAUCAUGUACGUAUGUGUUAUACAUUUAUGUAUGAAAAAAAAACGUUUGCAGCUAGCGGCGCUAAAAACGGCAAGACAUCGCCAAGGUUUUAAAAGUGUAAUCAUCCGCGUGUUAACAAAAUGUAUGGCCAUUUUCAAGUAUAAGUUAAAAGUUGAGUACGCAAAAUGUCAGAAAGAAUAUAAGUUACUCGAGAGUAGUACUUGUGUUUAAAAUCGAAAGGUAAUAAAUUUCAUGAACGUUUAGUUCAAAUUAGAAAAAUGUUUUAGAAUUUAUGAAAAAUCAGUAUUUAGGAAAUAAACGAUUAGUGCAAUAAAAACCCAGUAGUCGAUCAUUAUACGACUUAAGGGUAAGGUUUGAUAUAAGUAGUUUAUAAUACUUUUUUGUAAUUUUUUAUUUAUUAUGCUACUAUAACUGGGUGACUUGUAAGGGCCACGAGACGUGUUGUUAAGUGAUCUUAAAUAUAACUUAUAGGUAUUGAUCUAAAAACUGACAUAUUUUUUUCUAUUGACAUGAACAUUUUUCUUAUGUUAUGAUUAUAAAAGCGACAUCUCUCAGCCGCAGGUAGCUGUAAAGACACCUGGCUGAGAGAAGCAAAACUUUCAUAGACUUUUCACAGAUGGCGCUACAGCAAAAACGUUAAAAACCGAAAACAAAGAUCUGCAACAACAGUUACUGGUUCGAUCCGUAGCUCAUCAGUUGAUAGAGCGUUAGGCACGUUAUGCUGAAGGCGUUGUUUCAAAUCCAGCCGGAUCAAAUGAUUUUUUCUUAGCGAUGUAAUGAUUAUAAUGAACAUUUAUAUUAAAAUUCAAUACAAGCAACUUGAUUUAAGUCCAAAAUAGGUAGCUGUCUUUAUUUUAGUAAAUACUUCAAGUAAUUAAUUAAAUUAACGAAUAUGUUGUAUGGAACUAGUGUUGUUUACUACAUUAUUUUGGAUAUGAAAGAAAUAAAAGUUGCACAUUUUUGUAGUAAAACAUGAAAAUUUGCAUCUUUUAAACGUCUUUAGGUAAUUAUUAUACCUUAAUGUUUAAGAAAUAGAUUUAGGUCUAUUUAUAAAACACAGUAAAAAUGCUGUGAAAUAUAUAAUUAUAAAUAAAUAAUUGUUAUGGAUGAACUGUGA